CGCUCCCUCUUCACACACGGCCUUGAGCCCCUGAGACGGAUGUGAGCGGGUUUCUCAGUCCUCAUGCAAAACAACCAUCUAAACAUAACAGAUGACAUCAGCUUGGGCUUUUCAAUUCCUGGAUGGCAGCAGCGUGUUAAUCCAGCCUUCAUCCUGGAUUUCAUAAACUAAAACAAGAGAGCCUGGCAGGAGGACAGCGCGCUGCCGCUGGGUUGAGGAAAUUGAUGACGGGGAAGCAUGCGGGCAACCCAGUGUAUAAAACUCAUCAACGUGUAGGCAGAGAGGCGCAGCUACCACUUUGGACGGCUGCUUCCCGCCAGCCAAGACUGCGUCGCGGGGAGCCGAGCCGGAGCCAAGCGGGGAACAUGAAGAGCUUCUUGCUGCUGACCACGCUCCUGGUCCCUGCGCACCUGGCCACGGCCUGGAGCGUCAAGUACGCGGUGGAUUGCCCGGAACGUUGUGACAGUAGCGAGUGCAGGAGCAGCCUGCGCUGCAAGAGGACAGUACUGGACGACUGUGGCUGCUGCAGAGUGUGUGCCGCGGGGCUGGGAGAGACCUGCUACCGCACCGUCGCGGCCAUGGACGGUGUGAAGUGUGGCCCGGGGCUCAGGUGUCAGUUUUACAGUGAGGAGGAUGAUUUUGGCGACGAGUUUGGUAUAUGCAAAGACUGCCCCUACGGCACCUUCGGGAUGGAAUGCAAGCAGACCUGCAAUUGCCAGUCAGGCAUAUGUGACAGGGUGACCGGCAGAUGCCUGAAAUUUCCCUUCUUCCAGUAUUCAGUAGUCAAGUCUUCCAACAGGAGAUUCCUUCCUCAUUCAGAGCACGACGUGGCGUCUGGAGAUGGCAAUGCUAUGAGAGAAGAAAUUGUGAAAGAGAAUGUGGCUCGGUCUCCUGUGAUGAAAUGGUUAAAUCCUCGCUGAUCCGGAGAGCAAUUUCCGAGAGAUGGCUCUACUUUAAUGAUUGUUCAACACACAGCCAACAUGUUAGGAACCGUCUAGAUUAUAGCAUAUGGACAUGCAAUUUUUGGAGACCAAGUGUGAAUCAGGGUGUACCCAGAAAAAAAAAAAAAGUAGGCUACUUGCAAUCCCUUAAAUGCAUAUGACUGAACACCCUUUAGAUAUUUGUUUGUGAAAUAUUUGUAUGCCUAUAGAUUUGUUAAAUGUGUGUGUAGAGUAACACUGAAGAACUGAAAAUGCAAUUUAGGUCAUCUUACAAGGAGACUGUUCAGCCAAAGCUAGUCCAAACUGCAGACCACAAUGGGACCAUGGGUUCUUUGACUUGCUCUACAUUCAUGAUGAGACACGAUGGAGGAAGAAUUAGGAGUAAAGAAAGGUAGGAGUAGGGCUGGGGAGGGUGUGCAAGUUUAGAUCUUCCUUGUGGUAGUAGCUUCAAUAGAAUUUAAUUGUGCUUUUUUAAAAAAGAAACUUUUGGAAAAGUCAAAACAAAACAACCAGAAAACCCCUGAAGAAGUAGGAUUUGAAGCCUGUGGGAACUGGAGAAUGGCCUUGAAGUGAGGUUGAUUUCCAAGGGCUGCUAACGUGGUUCCCAGGUCAUCUGUAUCUGAAGGAUGGUCGGGGGCAGAGGGCAAACAGAGGCUUCCAUAAAUGGUUGUACGGAAUGCCACCUCUGAGUGAGACCCAGGAGGCACCCUUAAUUCAAUAGGCUGUUGUCUUAGUAGGCGGGGAUAUGUGUGAAGGUGAAUAUUUAUGUUUUUAUAAACUUUAUAGUACAAGUCAUCUUGCACACUUUUAUGUAUCACCCUCUGGGGGAAAUGGACCUAUUAUUGUUCAACAUGAUUACAGUAAAGGCGUAACUCAAUGAACUUUUCAGACAUCUGAAACACAGUAAAGUUAUUAUUAAUAAUUAUAGUAAUAUUAACAGUAACAAACAGAACCUUAUAAGAUGUCAAAAAAAUGAGCAAUGGGGGAAUUUCUUUAAAAGCAAGUGCUGUGAAUUAGAUGAAUUUUGAAUUUAAAGUAUAAAAUAACUUUUUAGGAGGUUUGGAAAAAAAGUCAAUUUUCAGCAGGAAACAUGUCAGCUCUAAAAUAUAGUUUAUUUUCAUAUUUUUUUCCUUCAAAUUUGAUUGAUAAACAGAAUUAGGAGUACGCCUGGGAGAAGCUUAGCACAAAUGGGAUGGUUGUACUAGAUGUUGUGAGGAAAUAUUUGCAGAAGUAUUAUAUUUGGAGUAAAGAAAUUAUUUAAGAAUUAUUUCACUAUUUGCCUAUAUUUUAUUCUUGACGUUUGCCAACAGAGUUGUGAAUGUGUGCGUGGAAGGUCUUUGAAUGUAAGCUGAAUAAGCUGUUAGGUUUUGUUUUAAAAGGACAAGUUCAUUACUGUUCAAUAAAAAAAAAAAGACAGCUGCUUUGUGUCCAUUUGUGGUUCUGUUGAUUGCUUAAAUCCUACUCAUUCGAUGAAUAAGAAUUCGUUACUGAAUAUUAAAGGUCUGGUUCUUCAACUGAAUUUUCUGCUGCAGAUAAGCUGCUCCUAGCCAAACAAGGGGCUAGGAUAAUUUUCUUUUCCUUACAACUUCAGUCUACUCUUCUGAGCUUCCUAGAAGGCAGACUCCCCGUAUAUUAGCCCAAUACACAGGGUUUUUUUCUUUUUUUUUAAGCCUCUCUUUGCUUCAGCAACAACAAAAGGUAAAUACUUCUUUUGGUCUUAUUAUAAAUUAACUGUGGAUCUAAGGCUUGAAAUAACAGUUUCUAAGUCACUAAAUAAAUGGUUUUUUCACAUAGCACUGAAUUAUUGAACUUGGAGCAUAUUUUAUCCUUUGUUUUGUUUUCUCCUACUGGAUUUAAUUUAUUUAAAGAUGGAAACUUUGCCAUUUAACAGCUACUCGGGGCUACUGUCCAUCAUUCUAGGUUCUGUGAGGAAACUCCAAAUAAUUACAUCUCAUUCAGUUGCUAGCUGAUUGACUGAAGGUUACAGAUGUAAAAAUGUCAACUUGCUUUCACUCUCAUCAGUUUAGGUAGCUCGUUCAUAUUCACACUUAUAAUUCAUACAAGUAGUUUAUUUUCACACUUGUUCAUAUUGUUUAAAAUUGUUGUUCUUUAGAAAAUAUAGCCAGGGGCAGCGCUGUGGUGCAGCAGGUUAAAGCCCUGGCCUGAAGCGCCAGCAUCCCAUGUGGGCGCCGGUUCUAGUCCUGGCUGUUCCUAUACCGAUCCAGCUCUCUGCUUUGGCCUGGGAAAGCAGAAGAUGGCCCAAGUCCUUGGGCUCCUGUACCUGGGAGACCUGGAAGAAGCUCCAGCUUUGGCUGUGUGGUCAUCUGGGGAGUGAACCAGCGGAUGGAAGACCUCUCUCUCUCUCUCUCUCUUUCUCUCUCUUUCUGUCCUCUCUCUGUGUAACUGACUUUCGAGUAAAUAAAUAAAUCUAAAAAAAAUUUCAUCACCCCCCCCCCCCAAAAAAAAAAAGAAAAGAAAAUAUAGCCAAAGACAAACCUGUCAGUGCCACUAUGGAAGAGAGUAACCUACAGCUUUGAAGCUCAAAUGCAUGUUAUCCAAGAAUGGCAACAUGGCCACUUGGCCUUGGAGACAAAUUAUGGAAACAUUUUAAGUGAAUUGAUAAAAUGCUAAAAAAAAAAAAAAGAG